AUGGUCAAUGGAGUACCACAAGGAGUCUUUCACCUUACAAGAGGUAUCAGACAAGGUGACCCCAUUUCACCUUACCUCUUCAUCCUAUGUGCAGAAACACUUACCAAGCUCAUUGGAAAAGCUGAGGCAGCUGGUGCAAUUCAUGGAGUACCAAUAGCAAGAGGCCUACUUCGAGUAUCUCAUCUCUUCUUUGCUGUUGAUAGCCUCUUGUUUUGCAAGGCCAAUGCAUUUGAAUGGGGAAGGCUGUUUAAUCUGCUGAGAGUCUAUGAAGAAGCUUCAAGGCAAAGAUUAAAUAUGGACAAGACAUCCAUUAUCUUCAGCAAGAGCACCUCCAGGUUAACCCAACACUACAUUUUGUCAAUUGCUGGAAUGAGAUCCUUUAUGACCUAUGAAAAAUACCUCGGAUUGCCAUCUAUUGUGGGGAGAAAUAGAAAUAAUUCUUUCAAAGGUAUUCUUGAUGCAGUCAGAAGGAAAAUCAGUGGAUACAAAGUGAAAAGUCUAUCUUAA